CUCUCCACAGCAGCUCUCCAGAGAAGCCCCACAGCCUCCAGACCGACCCUGAAGAUGAGUCCCUCUGCCAGCCUGCUGCUGCUGCUGCUGCUGCUCGGCCUCUCUCAGGCCCUUCCUCUUCCAGACACCGUCGACAUCACCACCGGGAUUCUCACCUCCAACAAGGGCAGCGAUGAGAUCCUGCUGGAAGGAGACCUGCUGGUUCCCAGAACCAGAAACGCCCUCAUAUGCCCUAACCAGAACUGCUUCUGGAAGAAAAACUCCAGCGGCCUGGUGCCGGUCCCCUACACCGUGAGCAGUGAGUACACCAGAUCAGAGAAGCGGCUGAUUGUCAACGCCUUGCAGGGCUUCCACAGCACAACCUGUAUCCGCUUCGUGCCCCGUAACAACGAGACCGACUACAUCAGCGUGGAGAACAAAGCAGGAUGUUUCUCCUUUCUGGGCAAAGUGGGAGGCGUUCAGGUUCUCUCUCUGCAGAGGCCGGGCUGCGUCUACUACGGCAUCAUCCAGCACGAGUUCAACCACGCUCUGGGCUUCCGGCACGAACAGACCAGGAGCGAUCGCGACAACUACGUCAGGAUCAAUUGGGCCAACAUCAAGCCUCAGGAGGCCUACAACUUCGACAAGCAGGUCACCAACAACCUGAACACUCCCUACGACUACACCUCCAUCAUGGAAUAUGCAAGAACAGCCUUCUCCAUCAACGGGCAGGACACCAUCACCCCCAUCCCAUACCAUAACGUCCAGAUCGGCCAGAGUUGGGGCUUGUCCUACUGGGACAUCAUAAGGAUAAAAAGGCUCUACAGCUGCUAAAAACAACACAGCUUAUCCGUAUCGUAUCCUAAGUUAUGUCAGGGUUUUGGUAUUUUGUUCCGUGUUCUGUCUUAUUGUGGUAGUCUUGAUUUUCUGUUUUGCUCUGUUCCCUCUUUUAUUUUGAAAGUCUGGUUUUACUUUGUGAC